AUGGCUGCUUCUAAUAAUAUAAUUUAUAAAAUCAUUGAAUCAAAGCUUGCUAAUGAUCAGAUAUCAGAUUUGAAAGACUAUUUGGUUAAUAACUAUUCAGAUUUGAAAAUUAUAGAUUUAAAUAAUGAGAUAUUAAAUAUUGAAAUACCUAAUAUAUCUAAAUAUAAUGAAAUUUCAAUCAUAAAUGAUAUUAAACAAUCAUGUAACAUUGAUUUAAAAUUACAAUCUACAUCUGUGUCAGAUGUGAAAACUACGGUAUUAAUUUCCGGUAUGACUUGUGGUGCUUGUUCAAGUUCAAUUACAAAUAAUUUAGAAGAUUUACCCGGGGUAUUUUCAGUUUCAAUCUCACUUGUAACGGAAAUGGGAUUAAUUGUACAUUCACCAGCAUUAACUGAAGAAAAGAUAAUUUCAAUAAUUGAAGAUUGUGGAUUUGAUGCCAAAAUACAAAAGAGAGAGAGUACUUCGAAAUAUAUAGAUACAAUUAUUGGAAUUCAAGGUAUGACAUGUGGAGCAUGUUCAAGUUCUAUAACUAAUGCAUUGGAAGAAAUUGAAGGUGUGAACAAAGUGUCAGUUUCCUUAAUUACUGAAGAAGCAUUAAUAACGCAUGAUGAAUCUGUAGUGAUUGAUUUAUUAAAAGAAACAAUUGAAGAUUGUGGAUUUAAUACAAUUUAUAUUAAAGAAGCAAAGAAUGAACAACAAGAAUUAGAAGAAGUUGUUUUAAAAAUUGUUGGAAUCCAUGAUUCUUUGGAUCUUAAUGAUUAUAGAUAUAAUGUUGAAGCUUAUUUAAAUUCAUUACCUGGUAUAUCCACAUUUGAAAUCAAAUUACGACAAUCCAAAACUGAAGAAUCAACAGCUAUGAUUAUUGAUGAAAUUGAAUUAAAUGAUGAAUUAAAAUUUAUGUAUAAUCCAACAAUUAUUGGAAUAAGAGAUAUUGUUGAUGGAUUAGAAAAUAUUGAAGAUUCAAUUGAAUACAUAGUAGUUAAUUCAAUUGAUCAAUCAUCAGAAUCACAAAUGAAUUUAUUAUCAAAAGUAAAAGAAAUAAAAUAUUGGACGAAAAUAUUUAUACAUUGUUUAGUUUUUGGUAUACCUGUUGUUAUUUUAUCACAUAGUGAAGAUUCAAAAUUUUGGAAAAACCUAGUAAUAUUCAAGGGGUUAUAUCUUGUUUCAUUAAUUGAAUUGGUACUUUCUACAUAUAUUCAAUUUUCAUUAGGUUGGAAAUUUUUAAUUAAAUUUAUUUCAUUUAUUACUAAAGGUUUCAAAGGUGCUUCAAUGGAUGUAUUAAUUUGUAUUUCAACAAUGACUACAUACAUUUUUUCAGUUCUUUCAAUUGUAUCUUCUGUAUGGUAUGGUAAGUCUGAAAAACCACCAAAAGUUUUAUUUGAUACUUUGGUUAUGUUAAUUGCAUUUGUUUCAUUUGGUAAAUUAUUAGAAAAUAAAGCAAAAGGAGCUACUUCAACUGCAUUAUCUAGUUUAUUAUCAUUAACUCCUUCAACAUGUACAAUUAUAGAUGAACAGUAUGUUGAAAAAACUGAAGAAAAUAAAGUUUAUCAAACAAAAACAAUUUCAAUAGAUUUAGUUCAACCUAAUGAUAUUGCUAUGGUAUUACCAGGUGGUAAAAUACCAGCUGAUGGAAUUAUAGUAUUUGGUGAGACUGAAAUUGAUGAAUCUUUAAUCACUGGUGAACCAUUACCAAUACAUAAAGGAAAAGGAGAUGUAGUUAUUGGAGGAUCUAUAAAUGGACCUUACUUAAUACACCUCAAAAUAACUCAUACAGGUAAACGAUCUCAAUUACAACAAAUAAUCAAUCUAGUUAAAGAUUCACAAAUUAAUAAAGCUCCAGUUCAAAGAUUUUCAGAUUAUAUAGCUGCUAGAUUCGUACCUUCAAUUAUUAUCUUAUCAUUAAUUACAUUUACAAUCUGGUUUAUAAUUUGUUAUACAUUACAUCCAGAUAAAUUGCCCAAAGUUUUUCAAAAUGAAGAAAAUGGUAAAAUUUUUGUUUGUUUAAAAUUGGCAAUUUCAGUUAUUGUAGUUGCUUGUCCUUGUGCUUUAGGUUUAGCUGCUCCAACUGCUGUAAUGGUAGGUACUGGUGUUGGUGCAAGAAAUGGUGUAUUAAUUAAAGGUGCUGAUAUUUUGGAAAAAUCAACUCUGAUUAACAUUUUAUUAUUUGAUAAAACAGGUACUUUAACAACAGGAGAAAUGUCAUUAGUUAAACAAGAACCAAAAUUGCCUAAUGGUUUAUCUAUGUCUGAUUGGUGGACAUUGAUCGGCUCAUUAGAAACAAAUUCUGAACAUCCAGUUGGAAAAGCAUUAACUAAAAUUGCAAAAGAAAAUUUAAAUAUUGAUUUUGAAGAUGAAACAGUCAAUACAGUAAUCAAGGAUGUUAAUAUAAUGAUUGGUUUAGGAAUUCAGGGUAGUGUUCAAAUUAGAUCAAAAAUGUAUAAUGUAACAGUUGGAAAUCAUAAAUUGAUUAGUGAGAAAUGUCCAAAUUUAGAGAUAAAAUCAUUAGAUUCAUCAAAUACAUUAUGUUAUGUUUUUAUAGAUGAUGAAUAUUCUGGCUAUGUUGAAUUAUCAGAUACGUUAAAAAAAGGAAGUUGGGAAGUCAUAAAUUAUCUUAAAAAUGCUGGUUAUAUUAUUGGUAUGGUCACUGGUGAUAAUAAAGGAGCUGCAAUUAAAAUAGGUAAAGAAGUUGGUAUAUCAGAGAAUAAUAUAUUUUAUGAAGUUUCACCAAUUAAUAAAGAUAAAGUAUUAACAAAUUUAAAAACCAAAUUUCCAACUUCAUCAAUUGCAUUUAUUGGCGAUGGUAUAAACGACGCACCAGCAUUAGCUAAAGCAGAUAUAGGUAUGGCUAUUUCAUCAGGUACAGAUAUUGCAAUUGAAAGUGCAGAUAUUGUAUUAAUGAAUAAUUUAUCAUCUGAUUUAAUGGGGGUUGUAAAUGCUUUACAAAUUUCAAACAAGACAUUUAAUAGAAUAAAAUUAAAUUUCUUAUGGGCUAUUUUAUAUAAUAUUCUAAUGUUACCAUUUGCUAUGGGUUGUUUUUUACCUUUAAAUAUUGUAUUACCACCAGUUGCAGCCAGUAUUGCAAUGAUGUUUAGUUCAUUAAGUGUUGUUUUUAAUUCACUUUUAUUGAAAAAUUAUAAGGCACCAAAAAUUGAAAUUAAUAAAGAUAGAGAUUACGAAUUAGGUAAUGACGAAGAUCAAUUUAAUUUAAAAAAUGGAACUAGGGAAGAAUUUGAAAAUAUAAAAAGAAAAAAUAGAGUUAAUUUUAGUGGGAAUUUAUUAAGGCGUCAAUAUAGAAAUACCACAUUGGUAAGUAAUAGUGAAUAUGAAUUAAUUUCAGGAAGGUGA